AUGAAGAGGGACGCCAACGGCAAUCCAAUCACGACGGUGCAGGGGUGGAGUCGACCUCGGCCGCAAAUGUCAUGUCAAGCUUGUCGUGACAAAAAACGUCGGUGUGAUCGCGUCCAGCCAUGCUCAAACUGUGUGCUCAGAAACACCGCCUGUGAAUAUCCGGGACAAAGUCCUGACAAUGGUUCGAAUGGCCCAGAGCCCUCGAUGGUACCCAUUUCCACUACAUUCAGUCAAAAUGCCGGGACAAAGCCUCAAAGCUGGUCGGAGCCGGCUGCAAAUGCCCAUUAUAUGAACUCUUUGAAUGAAAGGAGUAUAGGUGCGCCGGAAGCACCUACCAUUGUUGAGUUGACGAGAAAGUUGCCACCUUUAAGCCAGGCGAGGAUGCUGUUCAACCAUUUUGCAGCAACAUUGCAGCCUACCUUCGGUGUUCUUCACAUCCCUUCAUGCCGUAAUACCAUGGAGAAGGUGUAUGAAUGUAUUCUUGAGGGCCAAGUACCCCCCGCUGUUGAUUUAAUGCUGCUGUUUAGCAUAUUUGCCGGCGCCGCCUUGGGCUGGACCCCCGACCUUCUGGAGAAAUUGAAUGCAACGAACGAAGGUGCACGCGCAGCCUUGAUAGCGUACUGUCGAUUUGCCUUGGCUAUCCUGGACCAUCCUUCACGGAUUAUACAACCGUCAACGACCGCUCUUGUGGCCAUUGGGACCCUGGGCCACAUAAUCAUGAAUACGGAUGGAUUUCCAUCCCGUGUUCAAAUGCUACGUCAUCACUGUCUACUCAUGUCGAGGGAAUUGAAGAUCCAUCGAUUAGAUACGGCAAAGGCCCGCGAAGAAAGAAGAAUAAAGGGAUGCGAUAUGAUUGAUGUCGAGGUCCAACGACGGGCGUGGUGGAGUAUGGUGGCAUCCGACUGGCUUCUUUCAUUCUCCGGUGGUCCCCAAGAAGGCGCUUAUCUUUUUCAGCCCAAACACAUGAACGUGAAUAUGCCUAGCAACACGGAUGAUGAGUUUAUCACAAGUGAUGGAGCUCAUCAAGAUUUUCCACUAUCUGUGCCUACGGCAAUGUCAGCUUUCAUAGCGCGAGUACAGGGUGCGGAUCUCUGUCGCCAGGUGAUCGAUGCUCUUCCGUCUAUACUACUUGAUUCCCAGCAACCAGACUAUGCUACCGUUCUGGAGCUGGACGACAAGUUUCAUGACCAUAUUCUUAAGCUCCCCACCCACUUCAAGUUGGAUCCCGAGAGUAUCGAAAAGAGUCGGCAAAUCUGUAAAGAACGGCCAUAUAUCGCUUGGCAGCGGAUCAGUAUCCAUUUCAGUCUCCAUACACGACUUUGUCGCUUGCACCGGCCUUAUCACUUGGAAGGAAUAACGAAUCCCAAAUAUGCAUACUCGCACAUUGUCUGCAUUCGUUCAGCGCACAAAGUCCUGGAACUUCGGCGUGCGAUGGACGAAGUAGCGCCCGAGGUAGGACUGAAAGCCGCCCGGUUCUGGACCGUCAUGCACCAUGUAUUCUUUGCGGCUUUGAUCUUGGCGAUGGAUGUAUCAUUCAAUCCGGUUGCACCUAAUGCCGAAGCUCGAAAGGCACAAGUGCUUGGGGCUUAUGAGAUGUUGGAACGGUCCAGGCGAGAAUCCAAUGACUUGAUGGAGGGCAUUCAAAAAAACCUACAGACAUUGAUGUCUACACUGCACAAAAGACGGUCUUCGAUGUCUACCCAACCCAAGACUGCUGCCGCCCGUGAGAGGUCUCUUGCCACAACCCUCUCAAUGGGGAACCGAUCGGCAAAUGAUGCGGGCGAGCCUGUGAAUGUUCUCGAUGAGACUUCAUUUUCUGCACCGCCCUCCUUGAUCGCCGCUGAUGGAAAUGGCCUACUUAACGACCUUGGUGAGGAUGAUUGGGAGAGACUUUGGUCUGAUUUUGUGGCUGUGGCUCCGGAUUUAGAUGUGCCACAGUGGAACUCGUUGCUUGAAGAUGUGAAUUUUGCUCCACCCCUGGAACUAUACUAG